AUGCCAGGAACUUUCUGUGGUUUAUCACCAAUGUUGUUUGGUCGGAAGCUUGUCCAGGGACAAAAGGCCCCUCUACCAAGGAAGGAAAAUUCAUGUCAAUCAAGUGCCUGCAACUUCAUUUUGAUUAUGGAGCUUAGGAAAAAAAUCAUUGCUUUCAGGGACAUCAUUGAUCUGCCACCACCUUCUAGCACUUUAGUUUCAACAGACCAGUUGUUGAUUGGAACAAUGAAAGAUCUUCAUAAGUUCUACCCUGAAAGCAUACCCUAUUUUCGCAUUUCAGAGUUCAAAAAAUUGCCUCUUGAUAAGGCGCUGAUAUACUUUUGCAAGGCUUUGCAAGGCCUUGGGGACACAUCAAAGAUGAGCGAUGAGUGGAUAAACAAAUAUAAGUACGAUAUACAUGAUAAUGACAACUGCAAAAAUGUCGAUAAGCUCGUUGAAAUCGCUGUGGCUACACUCAAUGGAUUGAUUAAGAUAGCAAAGGAGAAAUUCGAUAUGAUGGAUGAAGAUGAAGAGAACAAAGAGUUCGGUCCGAAGGCGAAAACGUUCGGAAAGGUUUUGAAGGAAUCGUAUUCGGAGUAUGGCUCGAGUAGCCCUUCUCCGGUGACACCAACUUCUGUCCUGCCUGAAUUGAUGAAUGGUUCGCCGAAAUCCUCUUAUUCGUCAUCACUUUUGUUGCCUCUUCGGGUUCAAGCGGUUGGGAAAUCGAAUCCUGUAGAUGUGAAGCGGCUCGAGUCAGAUAUGCUUCCGAAGGUUCAAGUCCAUGUUCAGAACUCAUUGAACCAAAAGAAGGUUGCUGCUGUUGAGAAACAGAAGAAAGAAGCAAAGGGCAAUUCCCCAGUGAGAAAAACAUCAGAGGUUCCCCAUUUGAAUUCAAGCAAUGCUUCUGGUGAUAAAGCAAAGAGCUCACUGAAUGCAGCAUUGCCAUCAUCGCCUUUAGGGAGGCUACAUUCCGAGUUGUUGAAAGAUAAAGUAGGUGCAGAAAAAUCAACAUUGCCAUCACCAUCACCAUCACCACUAUCAGCAUCCCUAUUGCCGUCACCGUCACCAUCAGCAUCACAAUUGUCAUCACCACUAUCAACAUCCCUAUUGCCAUCACCGUCACCAUCAGCAUCACAAUUGCCAUCACCACUAUCAACAUCCCUAUUGCCAUCACCGUCACCUUCAGCAUCACCAUUGCCAUCACCAUCAGCGUCACAAUUACCAUCACCGUCACCACUAUCAGAAACACCAUCUGCAGAUGUGUUACUGCCAUCCCCGCAAUCACAGCGAGUAAAAAUGUCAAUGGAUAUGGAGACGGACAUAAGAUUACUUCCACCACCACCGAAACCGUCGGCUGAAGUUUUAUUGGCUCCCCUGCCAUCCCUGCCAACAAAGCUGUCAACAGAUAAGGCAGUAGAUAUAAGAGCAUUUGCACCAUCGGCGCCACCGACAGCAGCAUCAGCACUAGCACCACCAUUGUUGCAACAAAAUGUAGUAUCGGGAGGACCGCCAUUGCCUUCGCCCCCAAUGUUGCAACGAAAUGUAGAAGCGGUACAAGCAACAAAAGUAGCAACAGAGUCACAGUUGCCUUCACCACUUUCAAUGCUAACAAAUAUAACAGUGGCUGGAAUACCAUUACCACGUCCGCCAUCACCUCCACCUCCGGUCUCAUCGAAGCCAAAUGUAAUGGCUAUAGGAGCACCCCUUCUACCACCACCUCCAGUCCUAUUGCAGUCAAAAGUAGUGGCAACCGGAGCACCACUUCCACCACCACCACCACCUCCUCCUCCUGGAACAGUAUCAACAAUGCCAUCACGCCAACCACCGAUGAUCCUUUCAAAAGGAUCGGGACCAUUGCUGCCGCCACCGCCAUCACCCCCCAUGUCAAACGGAGGAGCUGCUCCACCACCUUCUCCACAUGGUGCGGCAAAAUCCUUGCGCCCCAAGAAAGCAAAUACUAAAUUGAAGCGAUCAAGCCAUAUAGGUAACCUAUAUCGGGUUUGGAGGGGCAAAAUCGACGAAUGUCCCAAGCAAGGCAAGUCACCUACUGGUACAAAAACUGGGGUUGGAACCAUCAUCAUCAAUGGCAAACAAGGCAUAUCUGAUGCAUUAGCAGAGAUGAACAAGAGAUCGGAUUAUUUCCAACAAAUAGAAGAAGAUGUCGACAAGCAUGCUAAAUCAAUCACAGAACUCAAAACUGCUGUUAACACAUUCAAUACAAAGGACAUGACAAAGCUGCUCAAGUUCCACAAACAUUUAGAAUCCAUUCUUGAGAACUUAACAGAUGAAACCCAGGUUCUAACAAGGUUUGAAGGGUUCCCAACCAAAAAGUUGGAAGCAUUAAGGACAGCUUCAGGACUUUAUUUGAAAUUAGAAUCAAUGAUCACUGUGCUACAAAACUGGAAGAUUGAGCCUCCUUUGGCUGAGCUUCUUAACAAGGUUGAUCGUUACUUCAACAAGAUCAAAGGUGAAAUAGUCGCCCUGGAAAGAACCAAAGAUGAAUUAACCAAGAAAUUCAAGAGCCAAGACAUCGAUUUCGACUUCCAAAUCCUCGUACAAAUCAAAGAAGCAAUGGUUGAUGUUUCAUCCAAUUGCAUGGAACUAGCAAUGAAGGAAAGAAGAGAAGUGAAGCUAAGAGAAAACGAAGUAUCCAAAGCCAAAGCUGAAGCUCAAAGGAAAGUGUGCAUUAAAAUGCUGUGGAGAGCUUUCCAAUUGGCUUUCAGGGUUUAUACAUUCGCCGGCCUAAGCCAUGAUGAUCGUGCCGAUCAACUGACCCCAGAAUUGGCUGACGAAAGCCAAAUCGAUCCUCAAUAAUUCAUUAUAUAUAUAAAUAUAUAUAUAUAUAUAUAUGUCUUGAGGAACUUGAAUUGAAGUUUCAAAAGGGCUUUGUAAAUUUAAACUAAGAAACUUUGCGAACUCACAAAAGCUUGAGAUUGUAAUUUUUAUGAUGUCAUUCAUUUUUUCCCUUGUAACCAACGUCGAACUAUUGAUUUUUCUUAUUAAAUUAAUAAAA